AUGACCACGUCUUUGCGCCUCCUCCCUCCCCACCCUCGUACCCAAGGCCAUUCUUAUGGAUCAUUGACCUUCCCCCAGAUGUUCGACUUUCAUGAACAGCAUUCCGCCGAUCAUCGCCUAUUCGUGUACGCAGGACAGGACGAUACCGUCAAUACGGUCAACUGGAGUCGAGCAAGCGUAGCCAUCCGGAGAGCUGCCAUGUUGGUCAGGGAGCGCAUGUCCGGUAAAUCCCACGCAGCUGCCCAUGAGAUACCGGUAGUUGCGAUACUAUCAGCCUCAGACGCCAUUCCCUAUGCAACAUUAAUGAUGGGCAUCAUGCGUGCUGGCUACACCCCGUUUCCCCUCUCGGCACGCAACUCGGCUGCGGCGGUUGCUCAUUUACUCGCUAAAACCAAUGUUGUGCAUAUCAUCGUGGGGCUUGACCAAGCUAUGCGAGACUUGGCUGCGGAGGCAUGUGAGAUCCUCAAGUCGCAGUACAACUAUUCUACUGCCCCGGAAGUGUCGCCCAUGCCCGCCUUCAAUGACUUCUACGAUGUGGGACUCAAGGGAAACACCGAGCAAAACGUCCCAUAUGAGCACCCAGGGUUGGACAAGAACAUCUUCUACCUCCAUUCUUCAGGUUCCACUGCUUUCCCAAAGCCCAUUCCUUGGACGUACCGCAGGAUGUUGCAAAUCUCUAGAACUGUAUUCUACGGAGAGCGUGAUUUGACCGGCCGCGUGAUGGCUUUGUUCGGAAUGCCAAUGUUCCAUGCGAUGGGCAUCAUGUCCACAGUAUUUGCUUGCGCUUAUGGCCAGGCGAUCGCUGUAGCGGCGCCAACAACCUCUCCAAGUAUUCCAACAAUCGAGAACAUCAUUCAUGGCGCGAUGGCAACCAAGGCGGAUCUAAUCAUGACUGUCCCUUCAGUUGUCGAGGCGUGGUCGCAUAAUCCGGAGUGGGUCAAAUGGCUUGCUACAAUUGACGGAAUCUCGUAUGGUGGUGGCCCGCUCAACAAGGAACGAGGCGAUUAUCUAGUAUCGCAAGGCGUCAGAAUCUUCUGCAACUAUGGAUCUACGGAAACCGGUGUUAUCAGUACAUUCCUGCCAUGUAAGAUCGUGUUUAACCCUGAGACAGGGAUGGAUUGGGAGUACUUCCGCUUCGGGUCCUUCCUGAAUGUCAAGCUCGAUCCUUGUGCCAACAAUGAAUGCGAGGUCAUAAUUGUGGAGAAUGAGCUUUUACGGCCGAACGUAGUCAAUACGAAGGUCAAUGGAGCAGAUGCUUACGCGACUUCCGACCUUGUCGCACCCCAUCCAACUCGGGAGGGCUUGUAUAAGGUUGUGGGCCGCACCGAUGAUCAGAUCAUGCACAGUACCGGUGAGAAGACCAACCCAGGUCCUUUAGAAACAAUGAUGAACCAGAAUCCGCAUGUCCAGGCAUCCGCUAUGUUCGGUCGUGGACGUUUGCAGGCGGGAAUUCUAAUCGACCCCAAGCCCGAGUACGGUUUCGAUCCCUCAGAUGAAACCAGCCUUGCAGCGUUUCGCAACAAGAUCUGGCCGACGACCUUGAAGAUGAAUUCGUACGCCCCCCAGCAUUCGCGCCUGUUCAAGGAGAUGAUAAUUGUCGCGAAACCGGACAAACCGUUCUCUUACACAGCCAAAGGAACUGUGCGUCGCGGAGCUGUGAUCCAACAGUAUGAGGACGAAAUCGACGCACUGUACGAUGUCGUGGACGCAGGCUCCCAGUCCAGCAUUGCACCACCAGUACGUUGGGACAUUGCGACAGCAACCGACUUUGUUCGCAAGAUAGUCACCCAUAUCCUGAAGCAUUGCCCGAAUGACGACGACGACCUCUUCCAGCAUGGCUGCGACAGUCUUCAAGCUACUUACAUACGAAACACGCUGCUACGCACCGUCCGCGAGAGCGCGAAAGUUGAAACCCGCCACGUCACGCAAGGCUUCGUCUACAAUAACCCGAGCAUCAAGCAGCUAGCUGCCUUCAUCACGAAUGUCGCACUCGGUACCUAUCAGUCAGCGGAUGAUGCAACAUCCUCGACGGAGCAUGUCGGUGCCAUGCAUGCGUUGGUAGCGAAGUAUUCCACUGGCUUUCCCGUACACAAAGCGGAUCCCAGUGUCAAACUACACGCCGGUGACAUCGUCCUGGUCACAGGUACGACGGGGAGCUUGGGCUGUCACCUGCUUUCCCAGCUCGCGGCGAGGAAGGAUAUCGAGCACAUCUAUGCUCUGAAUAGGGCCUCGAGGGACCAACAGACGCUGCGCGAGAGGCAGCAGGCGGCGCUGCUCUCCCGCAAGCUCGACGCGAGCAUCCUGGACUCUGAUAAGGUCGUCCUGCUGGAGGGAGACCUAACAAAGGCACACUUCGGGCUGCGCGAGGAAGUGUUUAGGGAACUUCACUGCGCUGUGACACACAUCAUACACAACGCGUGGCGUGUCGACUUCGUGAUCAACCUCAGCUCCUUCGAACCACAGAUACAAGGAGUACGGGCCCUCAUCGAGUUCGCGCUCACCUCUCCCCUGCCUGAGCCGCCAAGGUUCCUCUUCGAGAGUUCCAUGGGCACACUUCACAAUGCACCGUCAGAGGAGACCAUACCUGAGACUGCAGCAGCAGCGGAGUGGUCGGUCGGUACAGGAUAUGCAGAUUCGAAAUGGGUAUCUGAGCAGAUUGUGUUCGCCGCCGGCCAGGAGACCACGUUCAGACCGCUCAUUGCACGGCUUGGCCAGAUAUGCGCCGGCCCUGACGGCGCAUGGAACGCGCAUGAGUGGUACCCGUCUAUUGUGCAGAGUGCACCUACGCUGGCCUGCUUCCCCGAUGACGAAAGGGCAAACCUCGCCACCGCGGCACUCAUCGACUUCCGCAAAUCGUUCAGCCCAACUGGUCUCGUCCAUCUCGUGCACCCGCGUCCGAUCUCGUGGCACGACCUCGCGGUCGCCAUCUCCGCCGAGUUCGCCGUCCCGCUCGUACCCUUUGCAACAUGGUUGGCCAAGCUCGAGGACUAUGCCACGUCCCAGGGAGAGAGCGCUGGCGCUACGAAGCUGCAUGCGCUACACCUACUCCCGAAGUUCCGCGAGAUGCGGCUGCAGACGGACAAGGGGAAGAUGGCGUUGGGCACGGCAGACAUGGAUGUGAGUCGCGCGAAGGAGGCGUCACCGACGUUGGCAGACCCGGGGUUGAGGCAGAUCGGCGUGGAGGACGUCAAGCGAUGGGUGGCCUAUUGGCGUAAGGUUGGGCUUUUCACUCGUGCAUGAGGUGUGUCUGCGUGUACUUGAUACACAUGGAAUCGUAGACCUGCGCUUGCUCCAUCCGAUCUCUAUAUGUCCUGUGCUCAAAUGCAUGUGUCACACCGAAUUAGUAUCGAUUUUAACACCUC